AUGGGAUCUAAAUCGCUUAAUCACCUAAAUAUGUUCCCUCGUCAGUAUAAUUCUCUUUUGCGCGACCUGGCCUUAAGACACAACUUUCCCCUUCUCGAUCUUUUUGUUGCACCUACACAUUUAAACCGUGAUGGUCUUCAUCUUCAUCCAAGUCAUUGUUCGACGAUUUGGUCAUCGAUUAUGACAUAUUUCGCUUCUUCUCUUCGCGAAACACAUCCUUCUUCUACUCUCGAAACCGUCGCUCUUCCACGUACAUGUAUACAUACACGUUCUCGUACAGCGCUCGCUAGCCGUAAUCAUAGACGUCACCUUAAACUUCGUUUACGUCAACAGUGCUUUGUUGUCGUGCGCGAUAUCGACCCACUGUGGCGCUUAUCCGAUGUGAAGAAUUACCUGGACUCUCAACAGAUCAUCUAUGUCAACAUCUCCAACUUUCGUCAUCAACAAGUCUCUAUUCGAUUUCAUAACUUGCUUCGACAAGAACAUGCUGAACAAAUCUUGUCUCCAGAUGUCUUUGACGUUGCUCACUAUCACCUUUGGAAAUGUCAAGGUCAUUAA